GGGCCACAGCACUGAGUCACGGUGCCCGUCCUCAGGUUCAGCCGUGUUUCUUAAUUAGGACAUCCCGGAACACACGGUUCCUGCGCACGGAGACGGCGACCCGCACGGCAGCGCGCCUCCGUGACACACAAAACAUCCCUUCAGAAGUUUUAUUCCAUCGGAGGGAGAGAGAGGCUUGUCACCAUGGAAGGGUUAAUGGAGCGACUCGAGCGAGCUGUGACUCGCCUGGAACAUGUAUCCACCAUGAUACAGGCGUCCAGUGGCGUGACUAAUGGAGACUAUGUCAACGGCAUCGACGGAGGUUUGUCCCAGUGUGUGGAGGCCUUCGACCUGCUGCUAAGAGGACCAGUAUCAGAAUACCUGAACAAGAGUCGAUCCAUGGGAAAUGAAGUGGAGAAACACGCGGAGAUGGUGAUCGAUGCCCUGCAGACGCAGAGAACUUUCCUCAAAAUGGCUGCCACGCAUCAGGAACCUGCACAGACAGCGCUGCAAGACCUGUUCAAGCCCAUUUCAAAUCACAUCCAGGAGAUCCAGAACUUCAGAGAACGAAACCGUGGCAGCAGCUUCUUCAACCACCUUUCGGCGGUCAGUGAGAGCGUCCCCGCUCUCGGCUGGGUGGCGGUGAGUCAGAAGCCUGGACUCUAUGUGAAGGAAAUGAAUGAUGCUGCCAUCUUCUACACCAACAGAGUACUAAAGGACUUCAAGGAAAUCGACACUCGCCAUGUGGACUGGGUGCACUCCUACCUGUCAAUCUGGACCGAGCUGCAGUCGUACAUCAAACAGCACCACACGACUGGACUGGUCUGGAGCAAGAGUGGGCCCAUUGCUCCUUCUUCCUUCUUUGACCCCCCCAGUGCACCGUGCCCACCUCCCCCGCCUCCUCCUCCUCCCCCCUCUGGCUCGCCCUCGGUUCUUGUUGAUAAUGACUCCCAGUGUCAGGUGGACACAGCAGCGGCCCAGCACUCUGCUCUGUUUGCCCAGCUGAACCAGGGAAUGGACAUCACGAAAGGUUUGAAACAUGUAAAAAACGAGCAGAAGACUCAUAAGAACCCAAAUCUGCGCUCUCAAGCACCACCAAGCAAAACCAGGACCAGUGGGGCAGCGAAAGCACCCAGAGCAGCCUCCCAGAAAAAAACCCCUCUGCUGCAGCUGGAAGGGAAAAAAUGGAGGGUGGAGAACUUUGAGCAGAACCAUGAGCUGGUGAUUGAGGAGACGGAGUUGAAACAAGUGGUCUACAUCUUCAGUUGCGCCAACUGCACCGUGCAGAUCAAAGGCAAAAUUAACUCCAUUAUCACAGACAACUGUAAGAAGCUGGGUCUGGUUUUUGAGAAUGUUGUAGGGAUUGUGGAGAUUAUAAACUCUAAAUCAAUCGAGCUACAGGUUUUGGGAACUGUGCCCACUAUUUCUAUCAACAAAACAGAAGGCUGUCAGGUGUACCUGAGCAAGCAGUCUCUCCACUGUGACAUCGUCAGUGCCAAGAGCUCAGAGAUGAACAUCCUGAUACCGCAAGGAGACGACUAUAGGGAGUUUCCGGUCCCCGAGCAGUUCAAGACCAUUUGGGAUGGCUCCAAACUGGUGACAGAACCAACAGAGAUCGCAGGCUGAUUGCUACUGUGUCACCAUCAUCACUUCUGUGUCAGAAAUAUAUCCUUCAACCCUGCUGCUCCCACUGGAUUCUAGAUAUAUAAAAGAGAUUUUAUACACGGGCACAACAGCACAGGCACAAUUGGUCAGGGGAUUGUGGCAUUAUUAUCAAUUUUUUGUCAAGCAACCUGUUAAGCCUAAUGAAGCUUAUAUUCCCAACUGCAAAAAACAAACAAAAAAAAGUAUUUGUGUAAAAAUGUAUCACAAUUUCUAGCCCUUAAGACGUCAUUAUUGGCAAAUAGUUAAGGGAUUGUCAGUUUAUGAUGGCUGUCAUCUAUCUUUGUUGUUUAUUUGUAUUGUAGCAUAUCAUAGAUUAUGCAACACAGAUCACAUUCUGUCGCUGUGAUUGUUCAAUUUAUUUUUAAUUAACAGCAGAUGUCACAAUCUUAUAGCUGCACAUCACAGUAUGUAAUGAAUCUGCUCAGCCAAAUGUAAUAUGAUCAAAUUGAAAUAAUUAUGGCUUCAAAUUUUUCGUACUUUCUGAAUUUUUACAUGUGAGACAUGCACACCUUUUGUCUACGUAUAUAACUUUGUAUGUCACUGCAUUUUUAUUAGGUGUAGCUGAAGAUACCACUAUAAAGACAAAAUGGCGCUCAACACUAAUGCUUUAGAAAACUUUUCAUUUUCAUGAAGAUUUGAUUAAUUGUUUAGUAUUUUUCAAAUAAAAUCAAAACUCACAGUGCUCUCUUGUCUGUAUUAUUCAUUAGUUGUUCUGUAUAUUCGUGUAUAUUUCUCAGCACUGUUUUCUGGUAACAUUAUUAAUCCAUAUUUAGUUUAGAAGUGAGGGAUUGGCAACAUUUAAUCAGGUAAAAUAGAGGCGACCUCCAAAUAUUUUGCUUAAUAAAUAUGUUUCAGUCUUCAAACACCAGUAGAGAAAACAUAUUUAUUGCAAAUGUUCAUUGUAAAUAAUAGUUGUGACUUUUAAAUAAAUGCAUCUAUCACUUUUAAAAAAAAUAAAGGUUAAAAAAAAUAUUA